AUGGCGGCGGCAGCAGCGGUGGUGGCGGCGCUGCGGGAGUGUGCGGCGGCGGUGGCGCGGCAGGACGCGGCCUGGCGGGCGUCGCUGGCCGCCUGGGCGCCGCUGCUGGCCUCGCUGGCCGGGCUGGCGGCACAGAUGCGGGCAGUGCAGCGGCUGGCGUGGGGCGGCUCGCCGCUGGGCGCCUUCGGUGACCUGCGGGCGCGGCUGUGGCGGAAGCAGCGCGGUGCAGCUGAGGCGCUGCUGGAGGAGCUCGCUGGCCGCCGGGCGGAGCUGCGGGCCGUGCGGGACGCCGUGGGGGCCGGCGUGGCCGGUGUGCUGCGGCUGUACGAGGAGCUGGCGGCGGAGCUGGGCCUGGCAGCGGCCUUGCAGCGCGGGCCGCGCUGCCCCUCGCUGGCUGACGCGCUGGAGGGGCUGCAGGACGUGGAGCGCUACUACCGGUACUUGUACCUGGAGAGCAAGCUUCUCCUUCUCCGCGUCAGCUGUGACAGCCUGGCAGACAUGGAAGCCCUCCCACAGUCUUGGGAGAGGAUUUUGGAGCGCUACAAGGAAGAUGUAGUUCAAGAUACGCUUCUUAAAAUCACUCUGUUUGUGGACAACCAGCGAGAGCUGUGCUGCACACCAGGCUCCUGACAGAGGACAGGAGGGACUGAUAUUGACCAGCUUCUAUGAUGGUCUGGUGUGUUCUGAGAUAACCGCAAAGAGGAUGAUGAAUUGAGGAAGCUUUACUGGUGCUUUUUGGAAGCUGAAUGAAUUGGGUACUUGGGCUCAGCAGGAAAUGCUUGGACUGUUUCAUUUUCAAGUGGAAAUGGACUUGGUGUCUGAAGAAGAGGCUGAGCUGAACAAGCCAUGAAGAUAGAAGGGAGUCAUCUUCAGCUACAGAAGUCAUCCUUUCUUUUGCCUGCCACGGAUGUUUUGUAUACUGAAAAAAAUGUUGAGACUUACUAACUUACAAAGCAAUGGUGAGGUGUGCUGCAAGUGAGUGUAACAUCAGGUCUGGCAGCAUGAUACCACGUAAGAAAGAUGUUUAGGUACUGUCCUUACAAAUAAAUAAGACAGGUAAAUCAGGGCUUAAAAACUGUUUGUACCUUGUGCCUCUGAGCAAUGUGUUUGCUUUCAUCCCACCUGUACAUUGAGGAGGAAGGAGCAAAUUUGGCUUGAAAAGGUAAUUACAGAGGUGCACGGCACCUGAGUUCUGAGACAGGCAGUUUUCAAGUGUAUUAGAGUACGCUUCUCUCAUAUCUCUGCUAGGGCGUGUUUAAAUCACAGUCCUAAAACUUCAUGCUGACAGUUCUAAGGACAUCUUUUGUUGGCCAUGACACUGAUCCUCUGUAACGUUCCUGGAAAUUGAUGGGAUGCCUGUCGCUAAAUGACAUAUUUGUUAAGAACUGUAGCUUCCCCAGAGAAGGCCAAAUAAAGAAU